AUGAGACUCUACAUUCUAUUACCCAUUCUUGCCGCCAUUAAGCUCUGCAGGGCCGGUUGGCCUUGGUGUCUCAAGGGUAGCCAGGAGGAUGAAGGAGCUCCCGCAGGUGCCAGUGGAGAACAGAGCAACGGUCUCACACCAUGCAUUCUCGACAUUGACAACCCAGACAGUAGUACAAUCGACACUAGUCUUCACCAAAAGGGCGAACUACUCCAGAGACACUUUAUGGCAAAGCAGGGUUAUUCCAUAUCCUCCGUGCUGGAAGACGAAAUAGAGAUUUGGAGAGCCGGACCAAACUCCAGAUGUGCAUUCUUGACCUUUUAUGCAAAGGGGAACACCCUACUCAUCACCAUGGACUCGACCGAGAAUGGAAUCUUUAACCUCAGGCACCUCGAAAAAAAGUACGGCGAGUGGAAGGAACUGACGCAGGACACGUUUCUAAGGAGGAUGAACGAGAUACGAGAGUGCGGACUGGGAAGCGAGUGA